GCAUAGGUUUGUAUGUAUGCACUUCAAACAAGUUCACAGUCAUGAGACCAACACUAUUUGCAGGCAAAUAGUUGUUGGUAAAAUAGUGUUUACAAAUAGGCCUACACGUUUUCACCAGUUGCGUUUUAGUCUGAGAAAUCCUUCUUUUUGAGAUUGUUGCUAGAUUACAGAUGGGUGGUCCUACAACGAAUGGUUUGUGGUCUGCGCUGGUUAUGUGUUUGCUGGUUGUGUCUUGCUUGACUCUGGCAGACUGUGUGGAACUAAGCAAGUUAGAAAGAUAUGGUGGAGUACUUCACAGAUUACGCCGAGACGAUGGUUGUGAUGGGGGUAGAUGUCUGAACGGUGGAACAUGUACACUUUGGUGGUGGGAUGGAUUAUGUGUAUGCCCCGAUACACAUACCGGACGCUACUGUGGAUUGGAAAACCCUUGCUACGACAAUCCCUGUCAAAACGGUGGAAGUUGUUUCCCUGAUGUCACUGGCUUAUUACCUGACGCCUUCUUUGUGUGUCUUUGUCCGGAAGGUCGGAGUGGGCUCAACUGCGAAACUGUGAGUACAACAUCAAGCUGUUUGACUGAUUCAUGCGAGAACGGUGGCACAUGUUUCACCUUCGAAGAUUUAAUUUUUUGCGAUUGUGCUCCAGGGUUUACCGGCCUCGAAUGUGAACAAAUUGAUGCAUGUUCGACUAUGCUGUGUCCCGAUUCCCACUUUUGUGUGAGCGAUUUUGGGGUCGGCCAUUGCUUGUGUAUUCACGACGAUGUUUGGGGCCCGGACUGUGUGAUUGACACCGACGGUAAUAAUGGAUGCGCUAACGAUGAUCCGUGCCUGAAUGGAGGAACUUGCGACGACACGACCGAGCCAGGAAUCAAAGUAUGCUGGUGUCCACCGGGAUAUGAUGGAUUGUAUUGUGAAAAUGCGGUAACGUCUAGCCUGCCUUGUAAUGAUCUUUAUACACCAUGUGCCAACGGUGGAACAUGUGAGCUGUACGGGGGCAACUACUACUGUCACUGCACCACCGAGUACUCUGGUGAAAACUGCACCGAAUCGAUUUAUUAUUCACUUUGCCUUGACUAUUGUGAACACGGUGGGAGUUGUUACGUUGAUGAAUCUGCUCCACAUUGUGUCUGCACUCCAAGAUGGAAAGGAAGACGGUGUUCAGUACCAGUCACCGACGCACCAGAACCAGACUGCGUUCUUCCGUGUGGUGAUUAUGGUUCCUGUCGUCUGGGAACCAACAGGGAUCAGUAUUGUUCCUGUUUGAGCGGCUGGAUCGGAGACCAGUGCCAGACUAACUCAGUUAGGCCUACUGCUCGUCAGGGUGGUGUGUCUUGGUUUGUUUUUGUUAUCAUCUCUGGUGUCGUCUUUGUAGCGUUGUUUGCUCUGGGAUGUCUUCUUGCUUUCUGCCAACUAGGAAGAAAACGUCAGAGGCAACAGUCUCACUCCAAUGGCGUCCCUGCCGUGAUCUAUGAUCCUCGUUUCGGAACCGAGAACGGCGGUUUCGUUCAGGUCCAAGCCAGGCCGAACCCAAGCUCGCUUCCCUCUAACGACAUGUACGGCUCCAGCCCGGCAAAAGGAUCAAACAAGCCAAAGUGCCACACCACUAGCAGAGUCCGGAACAAUAAUUACACGGAUGACAGAGUAGCCCGUAACCCAGUCUCGGCCUACCAGUAUGCCUACGGCGCCUCACCACCGGCAAGGAAGACGCCGCGAUCGACGGUACCCCCGGAGAGUCAUGAGUAUGCUUACGUGAGUGGAGAUUACCGGCGCAACGGUUCGCCCACUGCGACUCGACCAACUCCAUCUACUGCCGCACCAUCUAUUGCAGCCUCGGCAGAGCACACAUACCAGUCACUGUCAGAGUUCGGAGAUGGCGGCCGCAGCAACAAACGUUAAAGGCACUUGUUGGUACAUUUCAAAGACAAGUAUUCUCAUAUGCAUCAAAUAACAAACUUGUGACACUUUGGCUCAAUUCGUCAUCGAGUGUGCAAGAAGAAAAAUGAAAGAAAAAAAAACCACUAUUGUCGCAUUACUUUAUGUGUUUUCAAAUGCUUAAUAAAAGGCUUAUAAAAGGCUUCAGCUGAAGUCGGCUAUGAACUCUCCAUUGCCCGUUACUAAACAAGUUGUUAUGCUAAUAAUUAUCUUGAGUAACUACAGAUAGUGACACCUUUGAUCAUUGUCAAAGACCAGACCAGUCUGUUCACUUGGUGUAUCUAAACAUAUGCAUAAAAUACCAAACAUGUGAAAC